CUUCAUGUUCAGCUGACAGCUUCUUAGCUGAUUAUCUGAUUGAGUUUGAGAUUGAUGCACUAGAUGGUACGGUCCAGAAUCUACUGAGGAACAUUUUGGAGGCAAACAAUUUACCCUUAAUAAACAGCAACAUCAAUAUCACUGACAUUAACAUCACUACAGUGUGCAAUUUGACUGGUACUGAAUAUCAGUGCAGGUGUGAGGAUCAGUAUUUCUGGCCGUGUGAAAAAUGCACAUUAUAUGGAUCUUGUAAUAAUGUCACCAAUGUCUCAUGUGGCUGCAUCAACACUUUACCAAAAGAUGGACACUUCUGCCAACCAAUCAAUGAGUUGAAGAAUAAUUCAACAUGCCCUCUCCCAGUUCUCCCAGCUGAUUAUCUGAUUGAGGUUGAGAUUAGUGCAGUAGACGUAACUGUCCAGAAUCUACUGAGGAACAUUUUGGAGAGAAGCAAUUUACCCUUAAUAUACAGCGACAUCAGUAUCACUGAUAUUAACAUCACUACAGUGUGCAAUUUGACUGGUACUGAAUAUCAGUGCAGGUGUGAGGAUCAGUAUUUCUGGCCGUGUGAAAAAUGCACACUAUAUGGAUCUUGUAAUAACAUCACCAAUGUCUCAUGUGGCUGCAUCAACGCUUUACCAAAUGAUGGACACUUCUGCCAACCAAUCAAUGAGCUGACGAACAACUCUUCAUGUUCAGCUGACAGCUUCUUAGCUGAUUAUCUGAUUGAGUUUGAGAUUGAUGCACUAGAUGGUACGGUCCAGAAUCUACUGAGGAACAUUUUGGAGGCAAACAAUUUACCCUUAAUAAACAGCAACAUCAAUAUCACUGACAUUAACAUCACUACAGUGUGCAAUUUGACUGGUACUGAAUAUCAGUGCAGGUGUGAGGAUCAGUAUUUCUGGCCGUGUGAAAAAUGCACAUUAUAUGGAUCUUGUAAUAAUGUCACCAAUGUCUCAUGUGGCUGCAUCAACACUUUACCAAAAGAUGGACACUUCUGCCAACCAAUCAAUGAGUUGAAGAAUAAUUCAACAUGCCCUCUCCCAGUUCUCCCAGCUGAUUAUCUGAUUGAGGUUGAGAUUAGUGCAGUAGACGUAACUGUCCAGAAUCUACUGAGGAACAUUUUGGAGAGAAGCAAUUUACCCUUAAUAUACAGCGACAUCAGUAUCACUGAUAUUAACAUCACUACAGUGUGCAAUUUGACUGGUACUGAAUAUCAGUGCAGGUGUGAGGAUCAGUAUUUCUGGCCGUGUGAAAAAUGCACACUAUAUGGAUCUUGUAAUAAUGUCACCAAUGUCUCAUGUGGCUGCAUCAAUGCUUUACCAAAUGAUGGACACUUCUGCCAACCAAUCAAUGAGUUGAUGAAUAACGCUACAUGUCCAGCUAUAACAACCACAGCACCCACCUCAGCAUCCACACCCACCUCAGCAUCCACACCCACUUCGGCAUCCACCCCCACCUCAGCAUCCACACCUACCUCAGCAUCCACACCUACCUCAGCAUCCACACCCACCUCAGCAUCCACACCCACCCCUAUAACUUGGGCCGUUCAAGUAUUAAGUUUCUCAAUGACAAUAAAUGAAAAUUUUCACCUUGACUUCACUAACAAAUCCAGUACAAAAUACAUUCAAUAUCAAAACAAUAUCAAGAAUUCAAUUAAUAAAAGUUACAGUACUGUACCUGGCUAUCAGGCCAACUCGGCAACAGUGACUAACUUCAGGCCUGGCAGUGUGAUUGCAGACUUUACUAUUCAAGCAACAAGUGCCAACCUUGACUUGGUAUCAGCAAACCAAAACCUUGCUAGCAGUCUCCGUUCUCAGGGAUUUAAUGUGAGCGAUAAUGCGUUCAGUCAAAGUGUGAAAGAUGGACUAUAUCAAAGUAAUGGCAUUAUCUAUCCUGGGACAAAUCUCAAUCUCACCUGCAAUCCACCUGUGCUUAAUGGUAUACAAUGGACCCUGAAUGGGGUUCCAUUAAGCGAAUCAAGUAAUAUCCUUCUACUGAACAAUGCCACUUCAAGUAACAGUGGUCAAUAUGCCUGCAGUACAACAGUAAACUCUCUGCCCUAUGUUAUCUGGCAAACCAUCACAAUUCAGCCGUACCCUAAUAUCGAAGUGAGCACUGACAAAACUUUACAAUGUAAGACUGAUACAAUUCCACUGAAGUGUUGUGUUCAGUUGAUGUAUCAACUGGAAUGGGGCACAGCAUGCAGCUCACCUUCAACAGACCCAACAACAGGCUGCAUAUUCUGUAACUAUACAGUUAACCAACAGCAGUGUGAGACUAAUGACCAAAACAUACAGGUCUCAUGCCAACUCAAAACUCCCAUCAGUGGAAUUACAAAUCCAUCUUACAACUCAAAAAGCAUUACACUAAAUGUCAAAAACAAAAAGUUUGACUGCUCUGAUUCUGUAUUUGGAGCUGGAAAUCUGGGAGACAGACGCAACGGAGAUUGUGGUGAAAACAUGGAUGGCUAUCAAGUAGCUCAGUGUAAUACAUCAAACCUCUGGAACAUCAUAGAAGACCACUGCGUCCCGCGUAUUUUUGUCAUUUUAAAAGAAGACGCUAAGACUGUACCCUUGGAAAACAUCCCACAGUUUAUGUUCAACAUCAGCAGUAAUGUUACAUCAGAGAUUAAAAACAUUAUUGACUCUCCAGAUACCAUAUUAACACUUGUAGAAACACUGACAACCAUUUCCAGUCGCUGUCAAGCAAUUCCAAUCAAUAAACCAGUUAUGACAAAUUUCCUAGAAACAACUGAUGUCAUUGGAUCAGAAGGUGCAAAAAAUUCAUGGGUGAUUUUAAACAAGAACAGAACAACAAUGAAUGCCAGUUCUGUACUUCUGAACUCUACUGAAAGCAUUGCACGCAAAGUUUCAGAUGAAAACGCCACGAUAACAACAAACUUGUCUUCUUUUAAUAAACUGACAUUUUCUUCCAUUACAACCUCCUUUUCUGGAAUAUUUGGAAAAAAUUCAACUACCCAAAUAAAUAUUCCCAUGACUAAGGCCAGUAUGUCCCUCACAGUCAUAAUAUCUUCGGCUUUUAACAACAUCUUACCUGUUCGAAAUCUGACCUACAAUAACAGCAGUCAGAAUGACACCAAGAUCAAUGGAGACGUAGCUAUGAUUGAGACAAACUCAACAAUUAACAACAUCGCUCUCUCUUUUGAUGUCAUAAAUACUUCAUUGGGAAAACCUCAGUGUGUCUUCUGGAACUUUAAUCUUCUGAAUGGUGUUGGUGGAUGGGACUCGACUGGAUGUCAGUUAAAGCUAUUAGGGAAUGAAAAUAAAACAUACACAUGUGAGUGCAAUCACACAACCUCUUUUUCAAUCCUGAUGUCACCAUUUACGCUGGAUAAAGUCCAAGCCCUAAUCUUAGACUAUAUAACCUACAUCGGUGUUGGCAUUUCAAUGGGCAGCUUGGUUUUGUGCCUCAUCAUUGAAAUCAUCAUAUGGAAAUCAGUGACACGAAAUGACACAUCCUACAUGCGUCAUGUUGCCAUAGUCAACAUCGCUGUCUCACUUUUGAUUGCAAACAUUUGCUUCAUCAUUGGAGCAGCUGUUGUUAAACAAGAGGGUCCCUGUAGUACAGCGACGUUCUUCAUGCACUUCUUUUAUCUCGCCCUUUUCUUCUGGAUGUUGCUGUCAGCACUUUUGCUCCUCUACCGCACCCUCAUGGUCUUUUCCAGAAUGACCAGAGGAGCAAUGAUGGCCAUAGGCUUCACUGUCGGCUAUGGAGCCCCAUUAAUCAUAGCUGUCAUUACUGUGGCAUCUACAGCUGGAGGCAAAGGAUACAUUCAACAAGGUUACAAUUGUUGGCUGAACUGGGAUAAAACAAAGGCUCUCCUGGCAUUUGUGAUUCCUGCUCUGACGAUUGUAGCUAUAAACCUCCUGGUGCUUAUUGUGGUUCUGUGUAAGAUGUUGAGGAGAGGAGUUAAUGCUUCCACUCAGCCAGAUGAGAAACAUCCCCUAGUGGUCAUUGCUAGAUGUGUGGCGAUUUUAACACCUCUCUUUGGUCUAACGUGGGGAUUCGGGAUUGGAACCUUGGUGUCACCGAAUUUUGGGAUUCAUGUAGUGUUCGCAUUCCUUAAUUCACUGCAGGGUUUCUUUAUUUUGGUAUUUGGAACAUUACUGGAUAGUAAGGUCCGAGAAGCAUUGGCAGGAAAGUUUUCACUGAGAAACUUAAGUUCUGGCCAGACUAGGAGUACAACUGCAGGACCAUCAUCCUCAAGUGGAUUUCCUUUCUUUCGAAGACCUCGGCAGAGAAAUGUUUACAAUAUAUCGAGUGGUGGCAAUAUGUCUUCAAGCAACACAGAUACAGCUAAUUGACACCUAAAAUAAACACCCAUGUUAUAAGGGUCUGUUUAACUGCAAAAACGUUAAUCAAUAUACAGUAGCCUGGACUUCUGCCUCAAACAAGUCUAGUCCUUCUUAUUACUUAAUUCUUAUUUCAGAAAUGUAUUCUUCUAUGAACUUGUUUAAAAUUCAUUU